AUGGCUCUAGCCCUAGGAAUAUGGUUCCUAGUCAUCGAACUCCACGAGAAUGAACAGCGAUGGCGAAAAACUGCAGGUGUGGCUAUCUUCUACGGAAAUUUACCUCCUGUGCCGCAAUAUAUGCCUGGGGAUGUUCCUCGCUACGCUGAAUCCCCAAUUCCGAGCGGGAGGGUUGGCAAGCCCACGCCUGUUGAUGUUGGUAUGGCUGCGCCGACGCAUCAAGUUGGGGUUGUGGGACAUCGGCUUGUGGCUUGA